UUCAUGUUUAGAUGCUGCGCGUGCAGACUCCAGCGCGCAGAAACUGGAACCAAAUGCAGGGACGCAGCCGUUUGUCCGGCAAUUAUUUAAUCAUUUUUUGAGAUUGCUGGGUUGUGUCUACUCAACCGUUAAAGUCAUUUUAAUUUACCGAGAAUGGGCUGCGCGAUAUCAGGUCUGGCGCCGAAAACCCCGUGUGAGACGAAGCAGGAUGGUGCAGACACGCGCCUCCGCGAGGACCAAGUCCAGAUGAUCAAGGACUCGUGGAAAGUUAUUCAGGAUGACAUCGCCAAAGUUGGAAUUAUUAUGUUUGUAAGGUUGUUUGAGACCCAUCCUGAAUGCAAGGACGUCUUCUUCCUGUUCAGAGACGUGGAGGACCUGGAAAGGCUGAGGACCAGCAAGGAACUGAGAGCUCACGGGCUCCGAGUGAUGUCCUUCAUAGAGAAGAGCGUAGCCAGGCUGGACCAGCAGGACAGGCUGGAUCACCUGGCUGUGGAGCUGGGGAGGAGCCACUACCGCUACAACGCCCCACCCAGAUACUACAGCUAUGUAGGGACAGAAUUCAUCGGUGCAGUCCAGCCCAUCCUCAAAGACAUAUGGACACCAGAGUUGGAGGAAGCAUGGAAGACUCUGUUCCUGUACCUGACCAGGCUGAUGAGGCAGGGCUACCUGCAGGAAGAGAGGCUCACACAUCACCCCCCUGCAGCCUCCCCCAAAGACAGGCCAGAGAGGAACAAGCCUGUCCUAUAAAAGCACCGACUGCUCCAGACGCCAGGCCUGCAGACAUAGGCAGCACAGGCCUGCAGACACAGGCAGCACAGGCCUGCAGACACAGGCAGCACAGGCCUGCAGACAAAGGCAGCACAGGCCUGGGCUGUGUACAUACUGUAUUUACUGAUUUACUUCAUUUUCUACGUUUCUCAUGUCAUCAAUCUGUCAGCGAAUAACCGGAGGAGACCCAUGUGUUUAGAAUUAUUCAAAGAUCCUUUAAUUCAGUUAACAGAGUAAGAUUGAGUCAUUCUAACCAAGCACGUUCUAAAACGACAUAUUUUGAUACGUUGUGAUGAGAGUAACACAGAACGUCAGAUGGAUGUAGAAUCUGUGGCCAUUCCUGUAUCCCCCGGAAACUCACAUGGCCAGCUUUAGAACACCUUACAAGGAAAAUCAGAACGGACAAAACCUAGCAUAAACACGUCUGUCUCUGUCUACAGAAGUCAAAUAUGCCUUUCAGUCAAUAAACUACAUUUAUUACCAGGCUUCUUCACCCUGUGUGACACAAGAUGCACUAAAUAACAUUUCCACCGUAUCUGUGUUCAAACUGCUGCUUAGCCUGUGGCUGUGCAGUCAUUGGUCUAUAUUUGAACUCUUAAACCAUGUGAGCAGGGUUCAAAUUACGGGGGGGCUUGUCCCCUCUAACUAAGACUUGGACUCUCCCAUAAGAGGUAAAAACAACAGGUUGGGGGGGGUCGAUACAUUUAUAUAUCGUUCUUACCUGUAAUCGUAAAUAUAAAUUUACACCCUUGAGAAGAAGUUGACCUCCCCGAUUAUCUUCCUGAGAUUAACAAGCGUUUGGCGGAGGAGAGAUACUAUAUUUCUGAAACUAUGUGAAGUCUCACAUCUCACAUGACCACAAUGUAACUUUUAAAUUAAAAUAAACAAUUUUUAAAAUGAGCAAAAAAAAGUUACAAAUAAUAAAAACGUUUUAAAAAUUGAGCAGUUGUCCAUUCUCAAGUCUGUUUCUUUAAUGCUUAGCUGUGUUUGCUUUAAACAUUUGGCUCAUAUGUCUCGUACACUUAAAAUGUGUUUUCAUAAUCUUUGCCUUUUUAUUGGACAGUGAGAGAAGGGAAGCAUGACAGGAAGAGAGGAUAUUGCAGAGUCUCUCAGCCGGAUUCCAACCGUCCACCGGGUGCAAGGUGCACUGCACGUAGAUUCCAACUAGAUGAGCUCAAUGCUGUGAUUCAGUUUGUAUUCAAAUCUGGCUGAAGGAUCUUCUUAGCUCAAUUUUUGCUCUUGGUCAGUCAGGGAGUGGGCUGCGGUUACAGGGGUCUGGGCCCACGGAUGUUUGGCACUAGGCUCUGUGCUGGAUUUGAACACAGGUUGUUGUGGUUUAGGCCCUUGUUCUCAGCCCACUACACCACGAGGUCCCAUUACGUAGGCCAAAAGGAGAAGUGUGUUUUUUAGUCUGUGGAAACUACUUUCUCUCUUUCGGUCUCUCCCUCCCCACCCUUGCAUCGGGCCCACAUGCAGUCUAGGAUGGUGGCCUAUUACCAUGGGAACCCCACCCACCCUCCUGGCCCCCAGAGCGUCCUCAGCCCCCCAUGCCCCAGAGCUCCCUGUCUCCUCCACCACACACUUCUACCUGCACACCCCCA